CUCUUUAAUUUUUAUCACCAUCCCACCUCAUUCUAUGUGUCUAAAUUCCUUCUUUUCUCGCACUAUCUCAAUCCUAAAAUCAGCUCGGAAUACUCUACUCUUUAUUUGAACCACCAAAUUCUUCUAACAUCAAAGAUAGGAAACCCUCCUUCACCGCAUGAUGAAAAUUCUUCUCGCUGGCCUCGAUCUUACACUUCCAAAGCUGCCGCGGGGGACGGAAGUUCAAACGCAAGUUAGCAUGAAGGUUACACAUACCCAUUAUCAAAAUCGGGCAGCCGCUCCUCUUGUAAGUGAGGAAGAUAGGAAAGAUAUGACUAUGACGAAUUUUGCAAUUGUAGAUCAAGAAGAAAAGGAGGAAAAAGGGGACAAAGAUUUAAUCGAGGAACUUCACCCUCAGAUUCAAGCUCGACUUGAAAAUCAAGAGUCCGAGGACAAGGAAAGCAACAUUGAUCCGAUCCAACGCAAAUGAGGAGACUUUUUGACAUCUAGUUCAGGCUCGCAACAACUUAUCUGCUCUAAGAGUAAGGCAAAAUCAAAGGCAGAUUUUGUUUCAAAUGAGAAAAUCAGGCUUUUGCGCCAGAGUCCCGAUCUGCACUCGUCAGACAACCUAAGAAGAAACAAAAGCGUGUCGGAGGGAAAUUUGCAUCGGAUAGUGAGUAAUAGUGGCGUUUUACGUUCCCAAUAAGUAUGCUGCGUAGAUAUCCGAUGGUGGUUUACAUGGGGAUUUGGCGUCCAAAAACUUUCGUUCAUCUACCGACGCGUACAUUCUACUUAGUUUUUGUAUCUAACAUUGAGUGGGACCAUAUUCGUGGUGGUAAUAAUUAGAGUAGUGGUGAGAUAUAAAGUAGCUUCGAGUUUC